AUGCAUGCAUUAAUUCAAAAAGAACUUGUCUGGCAGCAGAAAACAAAAACCAAACAUAGGAACAGACCCCCAGAGAAACCUGCUCUCCCCACUGCUUCCCCAGAGAAACCUGCCCUCCCCACUGUUCCCCCAGAGAAACCUGCUCUCCCCACUGCUUCCCCAGAGAAACCUGCCCUCCCCACUGCUUCCCCAGAGAAACCUGCUCUCCCCACUGCUUCCCCAGAGAAACCUGCCCUCCCCACUGUUUCCCCCAGAGAAACCUGCUCUCCCCACUGCUUCCCCAGAGAAACCUGCCCUCCCCACUGCUUCCCCAGAGAAACCCGCUCUCCCCACUGCUUCCCCAGAGAAACCUGCCCUCCCCACUGUUCCCCCAGAGAAACCUGCUCUCCCCACUGCUUCCCCAGAGAAACCUGCUCUCCCCACUGCUUCCCCAGAGAAACCCGCUCUCCCCACUGCUUCCCCAGAGAAACCUGCCCUCCCCACUGUUCCCCCAGAGAAACCUGCUCUCCCCACUGCUUCCCCAGAGAAACCUGCCCUCCCCACUGCUUCCCCAGAGAAACCUGCUCUCCCCACUGCUUCCCCAGAGAAACCUGCCCUCCCCACUGUUUCCCCCAGAGAAACCUGCUCUCCCCACUGCUUCCCCCAGAGAAACCUGCUCUCCCCACUGCUUCCCCAGAGAAACCUGCCCUCCCCACUGUUCCCCCAGAGAAACCCGCUCUCCUCACUGUUUCCCCAGAGAAACCUGCCCUCCCCACUGUUUCCCCAGAGAAACCUGCCCUCCCCACUGUUUCCCCAGAGAAACCUGCCCUCCCCACUGUUUCCCCAGAGAAACCCGCUCUCCUCACUGUUUCCCCAGAGAAACCUGCCCUCCCCACUGUUUCCCCAGAGAAACCCGCUCUCCUCACUGUUUCCCCCAGAGAAACCUGCCCUCCCCACUGCUUCCCCAGAGAAACCUGCCCUCCCCACUGCUUCCCCAGAGAAACCUGCCCUCCCCACUGCUUCCCCAGAGAAACCUGCCCUCCCCACUGCUUCCCCAGAAAAACCUGCCCUCCCCACUGCUUCCCCAGAGAAACCCGCUCUCCCCACUGCUUCCCCAGAGAAACCUGCCCUCCCCACUGCUUCCCCAGAGAAACCCGCUCUCCUCACUGUUUCCCCCAGAGAAACCUGCCCUCCCCACUGCUUCCCCAGAGAAACCUGCCCUCCCCACUGCUUCCCCAGAAAAACCUGCCCUCCCCACUGCUUCCCCAGAGAAACCUGCCCUCCCCACUGCUUCCCCAGAGAAACCUGCCCUCCCCACUGCUUCCCCAGAGAAACCUGCCCUCCCCACUUUUUCCCCAGAGAAACCUGCCCUCCCCACUGCUUCCCCAGAGAAACCUGCCCUCCCCACUGUUCCCCCAGAGAAACCUGCUCUCCCCACUGCUUCCCCAGAGAAACCUGCCCUCCCCACUGCUUCCCCAGAGAAACCUGCUCUCCCCACUGCUUCCCCAGAGAAACCUGCCCUCCCCACUGUUUCCCCCAGAGAAACCUGCUCUCCCCACUGCUUCCCCCAGAGAAACCUGCUCUCCCCACUGCUUCCCCAGAGAAACCUGCCCUCCCCACUGUUCCCCCAGAGAAACCCGCUCUCCUCACUGUUUCCCCAGAGAAACCUGCCCUCCCCACUGUUUCCCCAGAGAAACCUGCCCUCCCCACUGUUUCCCCAGAGAAACCUGCCCUCCCCACUGUUUCCCCAGAGAAACCUGCUCUCCCCACUGCUUCCCCAGAGAAACCUGCUCUCCCCACUGCUUCCCCAGAGAAACCCGCUCUCCUCACUGUUUCCCCCAGAGAAACCUGCCCUCCCCACUGCUUCCCCAGAGAAACCUGCCCUCCCCACUGCUUCCCCAGAGAAACCUGCCCUCCCCACUGUUUCUCCAGAGAAACCUGCUCUCCCCACUGUUCCCUCAGAGAAACCUGCCCUCCCCACUGCUUCCCCAGAAAAACCUGCCCUCCCCACUGCUUCCCAGAGAAACCCGCUCUCCUCACUGUUUCCCCCAGAGAAACCUGCCCUCCCCACUGUUUCCCCAGAGAAACCUGCUCUCCCCACUGUUUCCCCCAGAGAAACCUGCCCUCCCCACUGCUUCCCCAGAGAAACCUGCCCUCCCCACUGUUCCCCCAGAGAAACCUGCCCUCCCCACUGCUUCCCCAGAGAAACCUGCCCUCCCCACUGCUUCCCCAGAGAAACCUGCCCUCCCCACUGUUUCCCCAGAGAAACCUGCUUUCCCCACUCCUUCCCCAGAGAAACCUGCCCUCCCCACUGCUUCCCCAGAGAAACCUGCCCUCCCCACUGCUUCCCCAGAGAAACCUGCCCUCCCCACUGCUUCCCCAGAAAAACCUGCCCUCCCCACUGCUUCCCCAGAGAAACCUGCCCUCCCCACUACUUCCCCAGAGAAACCUGCCCUCCCCACUGCUUCCCCCAGAGAAACCUGCUCUCCCCACUGUUUCCCCAAAUGA